AUGAGUGAUAUAGAAGAUGAUGAGGUGUUUGAAAGUUUGAUGUCCACGAGGGCUAGACGAUUCAAUGCAGGAUCCAGACUAAAACAACUUAUAGAACUAGAAGGAGAAGGGAAUGACAUUGAAAAUUCCACCAGCCAAUUCAUCACCGAAGAGGACGAGAAUGUCAACCUUCUUUUCCAAGACGACGAGGACGACCAGGAAUUCAUUGACUAUGAGAGCGAUGAAGAAGCAGGUUCUGAAAAUGAAGAAGAAGCAGAUGCAGAGGAGGGUGAUGUCCCUAUGGAGACUUCACAUUCCCAAGACGACCAAGAACCAGGACAUGAACGAGAAGUAAAUUCAGACGAGGUGUUGUCCGAAUCAGAUCUAUCUGCAUCAGACUCUGACGAAAGCGAAGGUGAAAAGGAAUUGCAGAAGCAAGAGCGUAUACGAAAGAGAAAGAAAAAGACAGUCAUCCCUCAAAUUAAGAAUAUCAAGGAAAGGCAGAGUGUGAAGCGGAUAAAAAGAUCACCUUUGGUCACAUCGGAUUCAUUGUUGAUGUCGAGUAGAAGAGCUUCAUCUCGAUCUUCAGCAGUUGAAAGCAAGCAAGCUUUGAUUGAUAGGUUGAAGGAGAGUGAGCAAAGAAAAGCCAAGUAUGUCCCAGUCGAGCGAAAACGUGUCAGAGAAUUGACGCAGGCAGAGAGAUUGGCACAAGCAGCGGAGACAGAAAAGGAAAACAUAGAGUCGUUAAACAGAUUUAAAGAGCAAGAAGUUGUGAAAAAGGAGCGUCAGAGACAGUCGCUUUUAUCAAAGAGAGUAAAACUACAGAACGUUCUACGAUGGACGAGUAAAGGAGUAUAUAUCACACCCAAUGAAGAAGUGGCGGAAGCAAGGAGUGAAUUUGAACUUUAUAUGAAAAAAAGAAAGAGGCUUGGCAAGAGGAAGAAAGGGGGCGAGGAAGAGGGAACUGUGAUUAGACCGCCCUUUUCAAUUGAUUACGACUCACCGUACCAAAGGGCUCUAUUGGAAGAAAAGAAGAGAGAACAGCAGAAAGAAGCUGAUCGGUUGGAACUGAUCAAUUGCCAGUUGAUGGAGAAGGUAAUCAAACAUGAAGAGCAAUCGACAUCGGGACUAAUGAAAGAGGUUGAAGAUCAGGAAGGGAUGAGCGUGGAAGCAGAGACCAAAGAUCAUCUUGAUGAUUAUAAUGGAACAGAGAAAGGGGUUGGUAAAGAGAGUGAAGAGGGGGUAGAAGGCAAGAAAGAGAAUGAGCUGGAAGAUGAGAGACCACAAGAGCUGGUAGCAGAGGAGAAGCAAGAGGAUGAGGAGAAAUUAGAAGAAGGAGGGAAGGCGGAUGAGGAUGGUUCAACUGCAAAUGCUACUGCAACUAAAGCGAGGAACCAAGAGGAGGCAACAAACAAGGUGGAUGCCGGUACGAACAGCACAAUUCUGGAUUCAAAAGGGCAAGAACAUUUGGCAAAGGCAGAAGGAGAGAAGUGUGACGUGGAGAAAGAAAAGGAACAGCCUUUGAAAGUGCAAGAGGGAGAAGCCGAAGCUAAAAGCGCCGAUGUUGCUGAUAUCGCUAAUGGGUAUAUUCAAGAGAAUAACCAAGGGAAUCAGACGCCAGUAUCAGCCAAUUCAAAAUCCAUAGAAAACGCUAUUGUCGAAAGCCGAAAUGGUCUGGGAGAGCUGUCAAAGCGAGUAAAGUUUGCGGAUGAACUUCAACAUGAAGAAAACAGUCAAUCACCCGCCAAACAGGAACAACCUGAAUCUUCAGGAACCAAUGACACAAUUGACAUGAGCCCACUCGAGUUUACUCCGGUUCCGGAAAAUAAGGCAACACCAAUUGGUGAUACCGAAGGGGAGUUGUUCGAAGGACCAGUGCAAAAGAUAAGUCGAAAUGUAAUACACUUUGUCGAUUUCAACGAAGACAAACGGGAUUUAAAGCUUACACCUAAUAACGUGAAACAAAUACUUUUUGGUGAACAAGCUCUUUGGCCCGCUGCAAGAAGGUCCAACGAUGUCAAACCAUUACUCCGUAUUGGGAAACAAGAAAACCCAUAUGUUACAAAAGAUCACAAGCAGGACUACUUAUUCACGGCUACUGCCGAUCUCAAUGAAGACGACCCAAUGUUUGAUGAAUUAAAGAAACUUCCUCGAUUGGGAGUCGAACAGGAUAUUAUUGAGGUUGCUGAAAAUGAUGAAGAAAAUGAAUCGGCAGAAAUUGUAAUCGAAACUGAAGCACCUACCGGGUUGUACUUGCCAAACGGUAACAAAAAAGUUUGUAUGGUUUCAGGUACAGAAGUCAAGUACUUUGAUCCUUCGACUGGUAUGCCAUACAGCUCAGUGGAAGUUUACAGAACUUUAAAGCUAAUAGAGCUGGGCCAAGCAGAAUGGUUGGGAUUGGAUGCAACAGACAACGGUCCCGUGGAUUUAUAUUUGGGAUUCAAGGGGGAGAAUGCAAGGCAUGCAAAAGGAGUUCCAGAAGGUUUUUGA